AUGGUUUUUAGAAGUAUUUUUUCAAGAAAUUUUCAAAAACGACUUCAUGGCUCUUUACAACCGAUUACACGUCCUCAUGAAACAAUCGAACAAAAGCGAGCUAGAUUACUUUAUCAAUCUCGAAAGAGAGGAAUUUUGGAAACUGAUUUAUUACUUUCAACAUUUGCUAAAAAGUUUCUUAAUGAAUUUACCGAAUUAGAAUUAAAGGAAUAUGACGAAUUAUUAAAUAUGCCAGAUUGGGAUAUUUAUGAGUUUGUAACUAAUAAAAAACCUGCUCCUGAACGUUGGGUAAAGAGUCCAUUGUUUCAAAAAUUAAAACUUCAUGUAAAUAAUGAAGGAAAAUCCAAAUCUAUUUCUGAACUGUCAGCGUCGCUUCGUCAGCUAAUCGGUGAUAAGUUGUCACGCGAGAAGUUAAAUGAAAUUUUAACUAUUCUUCACCAAAUGAAAGCUCAAGGUGUAACUGAGACAAAUAACCCUGAAU